GUCGGACCACUGCGUCGGCGGACGAAGGGCACGACAAGCACGCAAGUGGCCGCUAAGAUUAAUCACGAUUUAGUCACCGCUGUUUUUUUCCCCUAUCAUCGAUAAUAAUCAUGUCGUGCCACAUUGAGAGAGUGACGGACGAGCUCCCCACCUGGUGUCCAUGGUAACGUUACGUGCGGGGAGAGCCGUGUUUCCUUUGAGGAAGCAGGAAACGAAAGAGGGAGGCAACUCAAGGAAAAGAAACAAAUCCACCAACAUCCAUCUGACCUUCCACAGCCCACAGCAGCUCUCAUCAUUUUCAGCCACGGAUGCAUCACAGCCCUGAGCACACAGAAUGGCAUCGGAGGCUGCGGUCUCCACACCUGCUCCCAUGAACAGCCCUGCCAAGAGGGACUACUACUGGCUGCGCUCCUUUGUGGCUGGAGGUGUAGCAGGAUGCUGCGCCAAGUCCACCAUCGCUCCUUUGGACAGAGUCAAGAUUCUUCUUCAAGCCCAGAACCCUCAUUACAAACAUCUAGGAGUGUUUGCCACUCUCCGAGCCGUGCCAAAGAAAGAGGGCUACCUUGGCUUGUACAAAGGCAAUGGGGCUAUGAUGGUCAGGAUAUUUCCCUAUGGAGCCAUCCAAUUCAUGGCCUUUGACAAUUAUAAAAAGCUGCUAAGUAAACAGCUUGGGAUCUCUGGGCACAUCCACCGCCUCAUGGCAGGAUCUAUGGCAGGGAUGACCGCCGUGAUAUGCACUUACCCCCUGGAUGUGGUCCGAGCCAGGCUGGCCUUCCAGGUGAAAGGAGAGCACCGCUACACCGGCAUUGGCAACGCCUUCCAGACCAUCUACCAUAAGGAGGGGGGCUUCCGGGGCUUCUACCGGGGACUGACGCCUACUAUCAUUGGCAUGGCCCCUUAUGCAGGUUUCUCCUUCUUCACCUUUGGUACCCUGAAGAGCUUGGGCUUGAAACACUUCCCAGAGCUGCUCGGCCGUCCAUCCUCAGACAACCCAGACGUCCUUGUUCUGAAAACCCACGUCAACCUGCUGUGUGGAGGGGUUGCCGGGGCGAUUGCUCAAACCAUAUCUUACCCUCUGGAUGUGGCUAGGAGAAGAAUGCAGCUGGGGGCUGUGCUUCCUGACUCUGAGAAAUGCCUAACGCUGACCAAGACCCUGAAGUACGUGUACAGUCAGUUUGGGGUCAAGAAAGGACUGUACCGUGGCUUGUCGCUCAACUACAUCCGCUGUGUCCCCUCACAGGCUGUGGCCUUUACGACCUAUGAGUUCAUGAAGCAGGUUCUCCACCUCAACUAGCUUCUCCCCAAGGCUGCAUCUUGGUCAGUGUACUUGAAGUCAUUAAAGAGAUUGAGAUGAGUGCUUCCGUCAUAGAGUGACCUGAUGUUCACUUACUAAAUCUUCAAUCUGGGCAUGGCCUUUGGUUUGUGUUUAGUAAAAGUACACUUACCCAGGAGGGUUUGAGGAAGUACAAGAGGAAACUGGACAGUAGACAGGAAGGCGCUCUGCCCGUGGCAAAGGCUCAUCCAGCUCUGGCCUAAUCCAUGCCCUCUUAGCUCCUGCUCCUUUGUGACUUCCCGCCUCUUAGAGAUGAUUUUCUCAACCAUUCAACACAUGGCUUGGAUUUGUACAACUCCUUGACAACUAUCUCCAUGGAUACAGCAGGCGGCGGCACCCUUGGUCUGGCUUGGUUCAGUGGCUUGACGCGGUGGUAUACUCCCAGAUGAUGCUGCUGGAUCCACCACAACAACUCAUUUAUUGUAUGCAUGUUCCUUCAGUCACAUAACAAACAUACUGAACACCAUGUAUCCAUCAGUCUCUUCUGUGUCCUUACCUUACCUGGCCUAAGUGAUUUUAAACUGGACACUGUCAAACACAAAUUUGGUGUCUGUUUCCCUAGGUAGAGGAGGACUCAGAAAUAUGUAUUUGUUUUAACAAGAUGUCUGAAAUGUUCAAUUCUACAUGUCAUACAUUUUCACCAUAGAUUAUAUUUUCUUGUUGCAGAGACAGGUUUUAUAGAUGUGCUUCAUAGCCUCUUAGGUUGUAGUUGAAAAGCUGCUGCAAACUUAAAAUAAGUCCAGUGAUUUGCUGUAUUUUUGUCUAUUCAGGGUUUAGUGUGUCUUUAGUUGUGGCACAGUUUUGGGGGUCCAAUGCCUUAUAGACACAUUUGUGCAUCAUUUCAUUGCCUUUGUCCUUGACGCCAGUCUUAUAUCAGUGUGCAGAUUUCUCUGCUUUUAUAGGUCUUCUUAAUUAUGCAGUGGCCUGAGUGGCAAUUUCAGCUUGAGCUAAUUUGCCACUUUAUUGCCAAACCAUGACUGAAGCAGUUACAAGAGAUGUUUUGGUUGCUGAAACGUUUUGACUGAUCAUGCUGAAUUGGGCAGAAUUUGAGAAGUAAGGGAAAUGUGAGCUAUGCUGUAGGAGAGGAACAGUAUCAUCAGAGUAAAAAGUGAACACACUGCUCAUACACAUUAGCUAAUAUGUGCUCAGGUGUUAUGGUCUAUAGCUCUAUUGCUAAACUAAUGCUAAACUGCUGUGAUGGAGAAAAUUUCUUUUUCUCACUGAAACUUAAAGCAGUGCUAACACUGAGAUGCUAUAAAUUUUGUAGUUUUGUGGGAUAAGUUUGGAAAGCAUUCAGGAAAAAUGUGCACUUGCAAACUGCUGCUUAGUUUUCUUUUUAUUUAUUGUCAUAGCUGUCUGUUGCCACUGGGUGGCAGCAUUUAAUAUGAAUGGUAUCAUUCACCAUCAGAGAUUAACUCCAGCAUACAGUAUACAGAUUUCAUUUAAAUAACAAUUAACCUGAAUGAUCCUCAACAUGUUUUGUUUUCUGUUGUUGUUGUUUUUUUUUUUUUUUUUUCCAACUCUUUUAGGUAAAAGGAAGUGAUCAGUCGUUGAGUUUAAUAUAUGCAGUGUUUUAACCCAGUUCACCCACAGUCUUUAACAGCUGGUCACUGAAAAGCCUCCCUGGAACAGUUGGUUGGUUAAAUGUGUUGCUUCCUAGACAUAAUGCCUAGACAUUAAUCUCUGACUAAGGGGAAAGUGUAAUUCAAUAAGUGUCAUUCUUAAGCCCACAAUAGGUAUUUGGACUACCACUGAUGCUAGUGUGGGCCUUCUUAAAUGUUCUCUGAGGUCCUCCUAUGUUCAACCUCCUGCCUUCUUCUGCUUUUGCUUACUUACCUCAUUAGAGUAAUUAUUAUGUUUACUUACAAUUUCCUCAUCUGUUUAGUAGAUACCAUCUGGUCAACCUUUAGAGCUUUGUACAUGAAGCAGAGGAAAUUGCAGAAGGGAAAUGCCUCAGAAUUUUGACAUACACCACAAACUACUGAAGACUGCAGAAACCUGCGUACUGCAGUGGAAGAGGAGAAUGUAAAGAGGUUUAGUCAGCACUCAGUUUCUCCAUACUUGAAUAAUUCUCCUGUCCACCAGUGCAGUACAACUUUGUAAGAGCCAGAGCUUUCUAAACCCAAAGUUGAGCAUAUGAUGAGAAAACAAAAAUUGGGAUAUAAAAACAUAAUUAUAGGCCUUUCCUUUUUGACUGACUGAACUGAAAUAAAUUUAUUGGAUUGUAGGCCUGCAGAACGUGGUAAAAUGCAUGAACAUUCACAAAAAUGUUCUGGAAUUUCAGAAUAUAUCAGUGUUUGGUAGUGAUUUAUUUUUCUUUAGAGUGUGUUGUCUAAUAGCCUUCCCUCUUCGCCAAAAGACCCUACUGCCUGACUGAUUGGGGAAAAAAAACACCAAACAUAUAAUUUUCCCAAAUCAUCUUCUUUCCUGAAAGGUGCGGGUAAAUAAGGCCCUUCUCUGUAACACUGAUUGUCAGAUGUGUGAUUGUCAAAGAUGAGAGAAUUGCAAUAUUCAACUGUGCUUACCUGCUGGGGUUUCAGAGUAUAGCUGCAGACUAUAAUAAAAUCUAGGUUUUAGCCAUAUAACGUUUUUUUUUUUCCUCACUGAAACAAGUCAUGUAUAGUGCCAAGUCUCGCUUCUGUCCCAUGGGACAAUGUUUACCAACACUGUUUCUCCUGAUUGUACAUUUCACAUCAAUGCCUGUCAUGUAGCUGACAUUCAUUCUUUAAUCCUUUAAUUUCAUCCAAUCAAGUGAACUUCCUUCCCUGCUAUUUAUGUUUACCUUUUUUUUUUUGUUCCACAAAUUCUGCUGUCAGUCCUUCUAGAACUGUAACUGGUAAUCGCGUAAGACCUGGGAUGCUCAGAUAUUUAUAUACGAUGUAAAUAUAUGUAACAAAGAGCGGUAGUGCUUAAUCAGCAGGGGGAUCUUGGUUGUGGGUCAAAGGGAAAGCAUAAUGUAGUUAGGAGAACUACUGAUCAAAUUUCCCUCUGUACGUUUCGAAUUUUGCCUGCCAUGCUUUUUAUAAGCAACAUCUGAACAUGAAUUACAUUAAAUGUCAUCUUCUUGUCUGAAUCUG